AUGUCGAACCUCCAAGUACGCAACUCAGACUACUUCUCUUCUGCCACCCGGCAGAAGGCCAUGGAGGACGCAAAGAAGAUGCAAGCAUCCGUCCAAGAUGAAUGCGUCAAGGCCGGAAAAGAAGUACCGCCAUACCUCCUUCAGGAGCUGAUAGGGAAGGGAAGCUUUGGUCGGGUGUACAAGGCGACUGAUUUGAACACGAAAGCCCUGGUGGCCGUCAAAAUCAUCGACAUUGAAGAGAGCGACACCCUCAACCCGAAAUUGGCUGAUACCUACAGCGAGUUCAUGAAGGAAAUCAGCGCCCUCAAAAUCCUCAGCGACAGUGGGGCGAGAAACAUCAACCUCAUUCUCGAUGCGCUGCCAGUCGGUCAGGCCAUGUGGAUGGUGACAGAGUACUGCGCUGGAGGCAGUGUGGCGACCCUCAUGAAGCCGACAGCUCCGGGAGGCUUGCAAGAGAAGUGGAUUAUUCCGAUUUUGAGAGAGGUGGCGGAGGCUGUGUAUUGGGUGCACAAAGAAGGCAUCAUUCACCGCGACAUCAAGUGCGCCAAUGUGCUGGUCACAGAGAGCGGAGCGGUUCAACUAUGCGAUUUCGGCGUUGCUGGCAUUGUUGAAACGAAGCUUGAUAAGCGGUCGACCUUUAUCGGCACGCCUCACUGGAUGGCCCCCGAGCUGUUCGACCCUGUGCCUUCUUACAGCACACCCGUCGACAUCUGGGCCUUUGGUUCUCUGGUGUAUGAGAUUGCGUCUGGUCUGCCUCCCAACGUCAUGCAAGGGUUUAACAUACCCCAGCUUGGCAAUUACAUCAAGCAUAACGCCCCACGGCUGGAAGGUGAUCAGUACUCGGACCAGAUCAAGGAUCUUGUUGCUUUCUGCUUGGUCGAAGACCCAGCAAAGCGACCGACUAUUGAGCAGGUUCAACGGCAUCCAUAUAUUGCUAAUACCGAGGGCACACAUCCUACCUCGAACCUUGCCAACCUCGUAAAGGCCUACAAGCUCUGGGAAGGACAGGGAGGCAUCAGAAAGUCGCUCUUUGCUCCUGUUGGCGCGCAGGGCCCGUCCGACUACACGUCCACUGCUUUGGCCAACGAUGAGUGGAACUUCAGCACGACAGUCGACUUUGACCAGCAGCUCAUGAACACUGAUGCCCAAGCAGUGUAUGAUGUCUACGGCACAAACGUGGAGUUUGACUUUAAUGAGCAGUUUGCACCCCCUCCCAAGCAGAAAGCGCGGCGUCGCCUACCUCCCCAGUUGCAACCAGCCGUCAAGGCUCCCCUCGAAAAGCUCUUUGAUCCCAACACAAUCUCGGGCUACGAAGAGAACUCUCGUGCGUAUUACGGCAGACCCCCACCUCCCCCAACCUCAACAUCUGAUCUUCCGUUGAGGGACGAUUCUCUUCAUUCCACCUUGCGAGAGUCCCUCAUCGAUCUCGACAUGUCUUUCGAUGGCGAUGAUCUCUCUCAGUUUGUCGACAUCGAAACCAACAUGGAAACCAUCCGCGCCGGCAUGCGAGCUCCCAGCGAGUCAGAUUUUGCGGAGAACACCCUCACCGCGGCCGACAGCAACAACAGCAACGACCUGAACAAGCCUCCCCGAAGUGACCCUGCAGACUUCAACCCCAACCGCCGCACCCAAGACUGGAAAUUCCCCUCCAUGGCAGCCCCCGCAUCAGCUACAUCAGAAAUGUUCCGCUUCCCAGCCAUCAGCGAAGACAGACCUGGCCCCCUCGCCCCAGCACCCACCAACGACCGCCCCCCUCUCAUUCACCACCAAACCGAUCCCUUGGGUAUGCACUCAGAGCCCUACGUCGAGCUCAUGACCCCCAACCAAUUCCAAGACAACCGCGCCUCUGUCGGGAGUCUGAUCGACCUUGACGAAAGUCUCGCCAUGCCGGAGUACACAAGACCGUCAACCGCCAACAGCGACGUCGCCUCCAUGGCGGGAUCUGACAUCGGCGGCGCCAACCCCUUUGACCUCGAACGCCACGCCUCGCUGUAUCAACCCUUCCAAACCAACAGCACCAACGGCAGCUUCGGCGGGAGUGUUGGACCACCGAGCGGCAUCAGGGAACCGUCCAUUUACAUAUCUGACGACACGGAUUUCUCUCGUCUUAGUCUGGCGAGCGCACCCGAGGAUCAGAUUGUGAUUCCGGACUUUAGCACGCCGCCGCCGAGCAGUGUUAAUGGUGGGGGUGGGGGUGGGGGCUCGAGGGCGCAGUCGAGGGCGCAUUCGAGGGCGGAUAGUUAUGAUGAGGAUGGAUAUUCGGCUAAUGAGUAUGGCGGUGAUUCGGAGUAUCUGACUAUGAUGGGUGGUGGUGGGUCGACGGGGGGGAGUGGGAGGAGGUCGAGGGCGCAGAGUAAUGCUAGUGUGCAGUUGCAGCUGCCGAGGAUGUUGGGGAUGAGCGGUAAUGGGGGGGAGUAUAGUGAUAGGAGGGGGGAGAGGAUGGUGAAUGGGGGUGGGAUGAACAUGAAUGGUGGUGGGAUGGGGAUGGGUGGCGAGAUGCCUGCGCUGCCAGGGCCGCCGAAUGCGAGGGUGAUGCAGGGGAUGGCGAGUAGGGAGGAGACGAGGGAGGAUGUGAUGAGGUUGUUGUCGAGCUUUUCGGAGCAUUUGAGCUUUGCAAAUGUGCAUGUUUCUGCGUUGCCGGUGAGGGCAGGGCGGAGAGGAAGUGAGACUUAUGCUCCUUCUUGA